AUGCAUAUAUCUUUUACACCAUGCCAGAAGUGCAGAAUUGCUUUCCUUGAGACCCUAGAAAGUUGUUUCCAAGAGCAGUUGCGGCUCCAGGCCCAAGUGAGACUUCUGGAGCACAGCGUGAAGGAGCAACAGGCAAAAAUUGUGGAGCUUCUAAUGAUGAAGGACAUAGAACAAAGAGUACAAGGCGAUGAAGACAAUGUCAUCAGUCUGGGAGAAGAGAAAGAGUAUAAAGAUUGUGCUGAGAUCUAUAAUGCUGGAUACAUACAGAGUGGAUUUUACAAGAUGAAACCUCUCCGGAGCCCCAGUGGAUUCCUUGCCUACUGUGAUAUGUCAGGAGGAGGAGGAUGGACUGUUUUUCAGAGGCGAUCCGAUGGGAGUCAAAAUUUUGAUAGGGACUGGGCUGAGUAUGAACAAGGUUUUGGUGAUUUUGCUUCUCCAGAGGGUGAAUACUGGCUCGGAAAUAAAAAUCUUCACUAUCUGACGUCUCAGGGAAAUUAUACAUUAAAAAUAGAUAUGUCUGAUUUUAUGGGAGAACAGCGCUUUGCACAAUAUGAAAACUUCCGAAUUGGGAAUGAACAGAGUUCCUACAUGAUGACUUGUGGACAAUACUCUGGAACAGCUGGUGACUCCUUCACUGGGGGUUUUCACCCUGAAGUGAAAUGGUGGGCAAACCACCAAGGAAUGAAAUUCAGUACCAAAGACAGAGAUAAUGACAAGUAUGAAAAGAAUUGUGCUGAAGAAGACAAUGCUGGCUGGUGGUUUAACAGAUGUCACUCUGCCAACCUGAAUGGCUUGUAUUACAAUGGACCCUACUCAGCAGCGACAGACAACGGAAUCGUGUGGUUUACAUGGCAUGGGUGGUGGUAUUCUCUGAAAUCUGUUGCCAUGAAAGUGAGGCCAUCAGACUUCAGCCCUGACAAGGUUUAAAUUUGUGUUCUUGCAGUCUUCCUUUUAAACAAAUUGGUCUAAAACAUAUUGUGACAUAUGCGUUCCACAUUCACCUCUGUAUAAAUUGGCAAUGUUACAGAUAAUGGCCACAGUCCAACAUGAUCAGCCUCCAUAUGGCUGUUUCAGUUCACAGCAACUGCCAAAGAGGAAGGGGGACUUCCCCCCAGCAUCUACACAGUAUCAUUAUGCUUUUAUACACCUCCCAAUGUUCCCCUUGCUUUGCAGCGAUAAUUCCUAAACCUACCUUGGGAUGAUCCUUUUGGAGUGAUUGCAUCCCCAAAGCACGUUUGCACCAGUGUGGAUGGGAAGGCGCAGAUUUUUUUCCCCCAGUCCCACCAAACACUGGCAUCAUUUUCCUUGCCUCAGUCCCCCUGUAGCUACCACUCCCCCCAUGCUAGCAGAGUGGGGUUUUUUUGAUGGGGG